CAGCGCAGAUCACGCGGUCGUCUCUCCCCCAAAACUCCCACGCUAGAGCUGCUGCUGCUUCAAAACCCGGCCCCCUAUCGCCUCGAUCUCCCCUCGUCAAACCCAUUCACACACAAUGGGCAACCGCACCUCGCGCCACCGCCGCGCCGCCGCGGACCAGCCGGCCACGGCCCCUCCGCCGACGGCCCAGCCCAAACCCCAGCCGCCGCCGAAGCCCCAGACGGCGCCGGCCCCGGCCCCGACGCCGGAAGCGGGACAGGUGGCCAUGGGCCGCGUUCUGGGACGCCCGAUGGAGGACGUGCGCGCGACCUACACCUUCGGCCGCGAGCUCGGCCGGGGGCAGUUCGGGGUCACCUACCUCGUCACGCACAAGGCUACGGGCCAGCGCUUCGCCUGCAAGUCCAUCGCCACGCGGAAGCUCGUCCACCGCGAUGACAUCGAGGAUGUGCAGCGGGAGGUGCAGAUCAUGCACCACCUCACGGGUCACCGCAACAUCGUCGAGCUCCGCGGCGCCUACGAGGACCGCCACUCGGUCAACCUCAUCAUGGAGCUAUGUGAGGGCGGGGAGCUAUUCGACCGCAUCAUCGCGCGGGGGCACUACUCCGAGCGAGCCGCCGCCCUGCUCUGCCGCGAGAUGGUCUCCGUCGUGCACAGCUGCCACUCCAUGGGGGUUUUCCACCGGGAUCUCAAGCCCGAAAACUUUUUGUUUCUCAACAACAAGGAGGACUCGCCGCUCAAGGCCACUGACUUCGGUCUCUCCGUCUUCUUCAAACACGGGGAGCAGUUUAAGGAUCUCGUUGGAAGUGCGUAUUAUGUUGCUCCUGAGGUACUGAAGCGGCACUAUGGAGCAGAAGCUGACAUAUGGAGUGCGGGGAUUAUUCUGUACAUCCUUCUGUCUGGUGUUCCUCCUUUUUGGGCAGACAAUGAGGAUGGCAUAUUUGAGGCUGUCUUGCUUGGUCACAUAGAUUUCUCAUCUGACCCCUGGCCUUCAAUAUCUAAUGGUGCAAAAGAUUUGGUGAAGAAGAUGUUGCGGCAAGACCCCAAAGAGCGCUUGACUGCUGCAGAAAUUUUGAAUCACCCAUGGAUUAGGGAAGAUGGAGAGGCUCCAGAUAAGCCACUUGACAUUACUGUUAUCAGUAGAAUGAAGCAGUUCCGGGCGAUGAACAAGCUUAAGAAAGUUGCAUUGAAGAUCGUUGCAGAGAACUUGUCUGAGGAAGAGAUUACAGGCUUGAAAGAAAUGUUCAGAUCCCUGGACACUGAUAACAGUGGGACAAUUACUCUUGAAGAGCUAAGAUCUGGUUUACCAAAACUUGGCACCAAAAUUUCUGAAUCAGAAAUUACACAGUUAAUGGAGGCGGCUGAUGUUGAUGGAAAUGGGACCAUUGAUUAUUCUGAGUUCGUAUCAGCGACAAUGCACAUGAAUAGAUUGGAGAAGGAAGACCACAUACUUAAAGCAUUUGAAUAUUUUGAUAAGGACCACAGCGGAUACAUAACAGUAGAUGAGCUGGAAGAAGCUCUGAAGAAGUAUGACAUGGGGGAUGAUAAAACAAUUAAAGAUAUUAUCGCUGAAGUUGAUACAGAUCAUGAUGGAAGAAUCAACUACCAGGAGUUCGUUGCCAUGAUGAGAAACAACAGCCCGGAGAUUGUUCCAAAUCGGCGGCGCAUGUUCUAAUUAUCUUCUACCGUAACAUCUUCCUGGCCCCAUUAUCGUCCAAGAAUAAUUUUGAGGGAUGUGCCGCUUUGAUGUUAUUGUCCCUCAUCUUUAGAUUUGGCGUGUAUUUCCUUGAUCACAUGAUCGGUUCCAUUGCUGCUCCGAGGGUAUUAUGAUCAUAUGCGUACUCCUCCUGAUCAUUUAUAUGGAAACAGGCGUUGUGUAACAGUUUUUUAAUGAUUAUGUUAAGCAGCGCUAUAUUAUUCUGGACAAA